AUGGCGAGCGAAACGAGAGAGGGCCCGGGUCGUGGCCCAGGCGACCAACCCGCGCCCGCUUCUGCUACGGCGAAGAAGAAGAAGGGCACGGCGAGCAUCGUGAAGGCGUCUAAGCGGGGGAAGGGCGGCGCGAAGAAGCCCAGGGCCGCGUCGAAGAAGACGAAGAGGGCCAGCGCCGACGCCAACGCCGACGCCGAUGCUGAUGCCGCAGGGGACACGGGCGACGGCGAGGAGUCGGACGAGUCGGACAGCGGGCCGUACUGCAUCUGCCGUGGACCGGAUAACCACCGGUUCAUGAUAGCUUGCGACCAGUGCGAGGACUGGUUCCACGGCGACUGCAUCGGCAUGGACAAGUACACGGGCGAGAACCUGGUGCAGCGGUACAUCUGCCCCAACUGCACCGACGGCAAGAUGUACGUCACGCGGUACAAGAAGACGUGCUCGCUCGAGGGCUGCGAGAAGCCGGCGCGCAUCUACGAUCCCAAGGUCGCCAGCAUCUUCUGCGGCGACGACCACUGCCAGGCCUGGUGGGAGCAGCUCAUCGCGACGCUGCCCAGGUCCAAGGCCGGCUACCACGGUGACCUUCUUACGCAAGAGGACUUUAUGGGUCUCGUGCACGGUUCGUCACGCAAGCCGGGAGACCACGAUAGGACAUGGAAGCUUGGUGAUGAUCCAUUCGGCAUGCCCCCGGACUUCUGGGACACCACCGACCCACAAGAAGUCCUCUCAUCGGAGGAGCAGGCCUUCCUCUCCCGCUCGGCGCAGCACCGGCACGGCCUGGGCGAGGAAAUCGUCCUCUGCAAGAAGAUGCUGCAGCUGGUCGACAUGGCGGCGCGGCGGCGCGACGCCGCCGUGGCGGCCUCGGCCUCGCUCGGCAAGGGCCACGCGCUCGGCAAGGACUUUUGCGGCUACGACGGCCGCCUGGACGCCGUGGGCGCCACCCACGCCUUCGCCGCCUUCGUGCGGUCCCCCGCCGGCGAGGCCGUCUUCCGCGCCGGCAAGCUCGACGCACCGGCACCGGCUCCGGGGAGGACGGAGACGGACUCUCCCGCGGCCGACCACCCCGCAGCGGGCAGCACGGGCAAGGACAGGGACGCCUCCGACCCCCCCGCCGCGGCGGCGAUGGCGGCCAUGACGGCGGGCAUGUGCGCCAAGAAGAAGUGCAAGCCGCACCUGCAGUGGGCGGGCAUGCUGUCCAAGGCGACCAAGCACCAGAUCAAGGAGCUGGCCGCCCAGGCGAAGGAGAUCCUCGACGCCGAGGCCCGCGUCCGCGACGGCGCCGCCGUCCGAUACCGCCGCCGCCUGCGCGAGAACAACUGGGUCACCGCCGUCGGGGGUGACUCGGGCUCCGAGAUGGACGUCGACUGA